AUGAAAACUAUUUGUACUAUAGUUGAAAUUAAUAUUGAAGGCUAUGAUAUUAUAAAUCAUCCUGGUCAGUCUACUCCAAUUACUUUUCUCUUUCAAAAAGAAACUUCUGUUGAAUCAAUACCAUUAACUUUUAUUGAAACAAUUAUAGUAACUGUUAAUAAAUCAAUAUCAGUAACUGUUAAUAAAUCAAUAUCAGUAACUAUUAAUAAAUCAAUAUUAGAAAAUGUUAAUAAUGAUAUACAAGAAAUUAGCAUUGAAGAUUUUUUACAAAAAUCUACACUAUCAAUAACUUCUAACAUAAAUGAUUUACAAGAAACUUCGAACAAUAAAAAUAAGUCUGCUAAAUUAAAUAAG